GAUCUAUGUAACAACACAGUUACGCAAAAUGAAAUUUUUAGCUUCAAACGGCGAUGACGAUGGCAUCUCUGGGAAGCAUUACUUUGUAAACGGAGUUGUGAUUAGUAUUGGAUCUUGGCCAGUAUGCUCAUGUAACAACUCACUGUUCAGCAUUUUCUAUGCACUGCAAUGAGAACCUUGCUGGAAGCUUGCGAAUAUGCUGAUUAUGUGAUUGAGUCCGCACAGCAGAACCCAGGCCUGGUGAAGCAGCAAAGUGGACCAACAAAAUUGAAAUCUAUUCAUCAGAAACUGUUAGAUUUGUACAUAGAAGAAUCAUGCAGAGACACAAAAGAUCAGUUAUUGCCAACAACACAUCUGCUAGACAAGCUGGUAGCCAAGGAGAGCUUGUCCUGCCUCGUGGUCAACCUGUAUCCAGGAAAUGAGGGCUACAGCCUUCUCCUCAAGGGUCAAGGUGGUGCUGACUCAGAAACUAUAAGACUCCCCUACGAAGAAUCUGAAAUGCUAAGAUAUAUUGACAAUGAAGAGUUACCUCCAAUAUUAGUAGAUCUUCUGGAAAGAUGUCAGACGAAUAUAUUUUACACGGGUUGUGUGAUAGCCGAGGUGAGAGACUACCGACGGGUGAGUGCGACAGGCAGUGGUCAUGAAAGCCACCAUGUACUGCUGAAACCCACAACACAGAGUCUGAUCUGCGAUGUGAACGCGAUGACGGCCGACUCGAGUCGCUGGACGGCCGAGGAUCGGACCGCGCUGGAGGCGCAGCUCGUGCUGGCGACCCACGAGCCGCUGUGCCUCGACCCGGACGUCUCGGUGCUCGUCGUCGCGAACCGCCUGCAUCGGCAGAAGUACAAGCUGAACACCGUUCCCCUGAAGAGAUCAGUGAAGAGGUUUUCUCAAAUGGCGGUGAACAGACGGCGUCGAUUUGCUUCCUGUGCGGCCCCUCCUUCGCUACGUCUCCACGACUUUGUCGCCCAGCGCAAGGACAAGCUCAAGACUGCAGCACCAGUCAAUUUGAAGAUCGGAAAAAUGGUGGUGGAUUCUUGGAAACAGAAGGAGAUUGAGCUAAUAUCCCCUGAAGCAGUUGAUGUUUUAAAAUAUGCUAAGGCAAUAGAGAAGCCCAGCAGUUCAUCUGAAAACCAGCAGCUGGUCGUUGCCGAGCACAUUCUCGAGACAGAGAAGUCACCUGGCAAGGUGCAGUGUGCACAGAUCACUAUACAACAGCAACUCAGCGACGGCGUCUACACCGGCGAGCUGCACGUCGACCCAGAUGGCGCCACCGAGUGUGCUCGACCGCAGGGCUGCAGGUUCACUCUCGGAACUAAGUUGGCUGCCGAGAAAUAUACGAAACAGUUUCAGCAGUUAUUUACAGACGAGGGGCGACAUCCUGUGAAGAUUCGUACAUUCGUUCCUGGACAAGAGCCGUUGGUUAGCCUCAGCCAUGGUGGCAGAACCCUAACUACGGGCCCACCCCCGGGUCUUGGUGCAAAGGGUCCAUUCACGAAGCCUAUGAAGACACAGAUGCGGCUGCCGCUUUUACAGGCAACCUUACCUGGUGGCACAUCAUUGACCAGUCCUCCACCUCAGCUGUGUGGCACUAUGGGGCAGACUAUGCUGCCCACUUCUGUGCAGGGCACGAUGCUGGGACAUGGACUGCAGAUUGCAUCGCCACAGGACCAAACGUUACCUUUGAUGAUGUCACCGCCCCCGCGCAAGCAGCUCAUUAGACAGCUGUCUCAGCACAGUGGCACUCUGUCACGGCCUUCAAGUGUGUCCCCUGUGUCUAGUGGGAACCCACUGCUGUUGCCAGGGCAACCUCCCAGCUACAGUCAAGCUACUGUACUGAACCCUGUGACGACUCCACCACCUUUAACAAGAACUCCAACGCCAAAGCUCACUGGUGACAUCACUCCGACCCAGCCUAAUGUAUCAGGCUUUGGGAAUAUUCCAGCCCUAGGUGUAGCGAUGUCACCCUCUGUUGAACAGAAUCAACUACAUCUUCAGCAACAGCAGCAGCAACAACAACAACAUCAUCAACAACCACAGCAACAACACAUUCACCAACAACAACCACAACAACAACAACAUCAACAUCCUCAACAACAGCAACAACAACAGCAGCGGCAACAACAACAACAACAGCAGCAGCAACAGCAACAACAGCAACCACCUCCAUUGGGUACAAGCAUCAAUCUAGCUAGUCUUGGACUUCCACAGAAUGUUAACCUGCUACAAUCACUCCAAGCAGCAGGCAUUCAAAAUGUACAGAUAUCGAUGACUGGAGCGUCAGUGCCUGGCAGUAUAGCUGUACCAAUCUCACUGGCAAUGGUGAGUGGCCAGCAGGGUAUCAUCAUGCCAAAUAUCAUGACCACCAGCUCUGCUGUAGGCUCUUCCCCACACAACACUCCUCAGUGUGAAGUCACGUCUGGAUACGUGACCAUGGUGAAGAAUGUCACUCACACAGCUACAGCGAGCAACACAGCCCUACAGAGCAUUCUACAGCUACCUAUCGGCAUGUCGACUAGCCAGGUCCAUAGGUUUGUCUCAUCGACUCACGUCCAGCGAAGUCCGGGACAGACAGCGUAUAGCGUACGAGCACCAGUUAGCAGCGCAGUGCAGUCUACUCCACCCCUGUCUGUACUGCAGCAUCGUGCGCACGCCGUCAGCACAGCAGUUGCUUCUCAGCGCCAUGAUUGCAGAAAGGACACUUCGCCCUGGCACCCAACCGUGUGUCACACUCGCAGGCCGCGUCCAUGCAACUAG